AUGACGGGUUGUGUCGAAAAAACCUUGUUUUCUACUAUCUAUCAUAAACACGAAUUCUACAAGGUUAUUCAUCAAUCACCAUUUAUUAAAGUUUUAAAAUGUCGAAAAAAGUAUAGUUAUCAAUAUGUUAAUAUUAAAUGUUUUGAUAAAAAGGCGAUUGGUAAUACAUUGAUUAUUAAAGCAUUGGUGCAAGAGAUUAAUAACCAUCGAUUGGUAUCAUGGCAUCCAAACAUCAUUCAAAUACUCGAAUUCUUUGAAUCUUCGACCGAGUUGUGUGUGGUCACUGAGUGUUGCUACGGCAACUUGGGUACGGUGCUGAGCGAGGAUGCAGAGGGACUGCCAGAGAAUCUGGUGCAGCUGAUCGCUCAACAAAUAUCGAGUGCACUCUACCAUCUCUUUUCCAAUCGAUACGUUCACGGUGACAUCCAUCCUUGCAACUUUAUGAUCACUAGUGAUGGUAUCGUCAAACUAUCAGAUAAUCUAAACUUUAAACUUGGUCAAUUACAACAACAAGUUCAACAACAACAAAUUCAACAACAAUCACCUGAUGACUUGUAUUUAUUUGGUCAUUCUCUAUACGAACUAUUAACUACAAAAGAUGUUAAUAAUAAUGGUGGUGGGCACAAUGUCAAUUUAACAAAUCUAAAUGGAAUAUUUUCAAAUGAUUUAUUGAAUCUAUUACAAGUAUUGUUGAUAACAAACAACAAUAAUAGGGAUUCUGAAAAGAAAUUGGGAUGGUCCGAAUUAAUCAAUCAUCCAUUUUUAAAUACACAUAAUGUCAAGGUUCAACAACAACAGCAACAACAACAACAACAACAACAAACUCCUCACCACAAUUCACAGCAAUGGAUGCAAUUAAAACAACAAAGAAGACAUAGUACCAAUUCAUCAGCAUCAUCAUCUAGUCCACCAAAAUCAGCCAAACCUCCAACACCACCACCUCCAGUCCUAUCAUCAUCCAGUCCUUUGAUCAAUGGACACAACAAGGAAAGGCCACCCUCAUCUUCUAUUAGUAAUAGUGGUAGUAAUAGUUUUAAUAAUAAUAGGCCGACAACAUCAUCAUCAUCAUCAACAUCAUCACCACCAAUAUCAAUCCAACCAACACCAAAUAAUAGUAGUAAUAGUAUUUCUACUUCAAUUAUUCAAUUAUCACCAAAACAAAUAUCAACAAAAUCACCAAUCAUAUCACCUCAACAACCUUUGAUCAAUGGUUCAAAUUCUUCUUCAAUUAAAAAGAAAUCAGUCAAUGGUAAUAAUAAUAAUAAUAGUAGACCACAAACACCAUUAUUUAUUAGUAGUAGUUCAGUAUAUGGUACACAGAUCUCUGUAUCUUCACCGACAUCGAAUGGUACACCAAACAAUCCAUUCAAUAUUCAAAAUAGACCUAAAUCAUCCAAUUCUAUAAACUCACCUCCUCAAUUGCAACAACAACAUCAUAUAUUGGCAAGACCAUCUACACCAACACGAUAUUCAGUCCCAACAUCUCAACAACUUUUACAAUCACCAAAGACUAGUCAUGGAAACACACCUUUGAUCUUGCCAUUAAAGACACCUCCACAAUCACAAAAGGAGGUGUUGAUGAUUGAGAGAUUGGACAUUUCCAACGAUCCAACUGGCAAUUCGUUUGUCUUGCCAUUUGAAUCACGAGAUUUUUGGGUGCAACAAGAAACGAGAUCAAUCCAUCAAAGCAACAAUACACAAAUGUUAAAGGACAAAUUAUUGAUUCAAAAACUAAUCUAUCAUUUGCAAGCUAGUUGUUCAUCUCCAUUGGAUGAAAAUAAUCCAAUUGAUCUAAGUUCAAUUGGUUGUAUGUUACGAAUUUUAAUUAAUUUAUUUCAACAACAAUGUAAUAAUAAUGGUCAAAGUGGAGGUCAACAAUCACCACCACCUUUUUAUUCUUCAUCAUCCUCUUCAUCUUCUUCAUCUUCAUCAUCAUCUUCAUCUUCAUCUAUUUCAUCAGUAUAUGUAGCAUCACCUGUAUUAUCACCAACCAAUGACACCAAUAUACUAUUUAAAAGAAAUAUAUUUUUCAUUUUAAUUGAAUCCAUGACACAUAUCUUGACGGAAUUACAACAAAUACAACAUCCAUUGCAACAACAAUUAUUACAACAACUUUUAGCUGAAAUGUGUAAUUGCGUAGGCGCCUAUUUUGAAUAUUCACCAUCACUUUUAAAUAUUCUAUCAUUUAAUUAUUUUAUUAAAGAUCAACAACAACAACAGCAACAGCAACAACAACAACAACAACAACCAAAUCGACCAAUCACACCCAAUUCACCAAAAAGAUUAAAUCAAUUUCAAACUAAUCUUUCAAUUCAAUUUAAUUCACCUGUACAAAUUAUCAAUUAUCUAACAAAAUCAAUUUCAAAUUUUAGUUUUAAUAUUCAAAAUUUUAUAAGAAGUUUUUUUAAAAAGAUUGGAGAAUCACCAAUACAAUUUAAUGAAAUUUAUAAGAGAAUUUUAGAACAAAGUGAUAUAAUCAAUAAUCUUUGUUUGUAUUAUCAACAACAACAAGAAAUGUUUACCAGAAGAGAAGAAGAUGAUCAAAGACCAUUGAUUGUACAAUGUUUUAUUGCAUUCUUAUCAACCUCUACCAAUAAUAUUUUGGAAUUCCCAUUGUAUUCAUUUUCACAAACAUCCAACCUCCAAUCCAUUCUCAAUCAUUCCAACAAUCUAAUCUACCAAACUGCUUGUAAUACAAUUGGUGAUGGAUUGGCCAAAGAAGGAAUCAUUCAACACUUUUACGAGACCAUGCAAGAUCAAGACCACCGAUACAAUAUCUUGCAAUUGAUCCUACAUUGUUGUAGAUCGUCUCGUUUGUUUGCUGAAUUGAUCAAUCGUAUGGAAGCUGAUAUCUACGAUUCUAGUAUGCAAGGACACCAACAAACUUGUUCACUAUUGGAUCAUCUAUUGGCACAAGACAAAUUACAAUACAAUGAACAAUGUAUUAUUGUAUUGAUUCUUGGCACUGUUGUCACUCAGAUACCAGAGACUAUCCCAUGGAUCAUCUCUUGUGAUUUGGAGCUAUUGGUUAAAAAGUUUUUUGGCAAUGCAGCCAAUACACUAUUGUCUUCGUGUACCUCUUAUUUCCUUGGAUCGUUUUUAUCGGUAUCUAUCGAUAUUGAAAAAAACUAUCUCCUAACCAACAAUGAAUUGUUGAUUGAAACAAUCGAUCAAGUAUCUCAAGCCAUUCCACUUAAAUAUCUUAGAAAGUUAUUUUCAAAUCACAUUCAACAACCUGCCGCUGCCGCCGCCACUCAAACACAUAAAAUGACAACGAUUAGAAAUAUUGAAGGAGGAUGUAUGGGAAGGCCAUGUAUAGGUCAAUUGGAUGGAAGUGUAUCAAUUCUACUUAGCCUCUUAAAAAGAGGAGGACAUGAGUUUCUGGAAGAGUUUUUGGAAUCUGGUGUUUGGGAGAGUAUAUGUCAUCACUUGCAUGCAGCCGUUACCAAUGGCAAUUUAGAUGGAUGUAAAGAAUUAUCCCCAUUUGGUGUCAUUCAUUUGUUACGUGUCAUCUAUGAUGUACUCUCUCGAAACUCUAAUCAAAACCUUUCAUUCCUCGUAAAGAAUAACUUGUUGAUUAGUCUAUGUACACUAUUGGAACCAAAACAUUUGGAAAAGAUUAGAAAUGAAUGGUCAUCUAUUCAAUUUGGUGGUACAAGUGGUCUUGCAACUCUAACUCAACAAAUUAUUCAUAUUCUUUAUCUUCCAGAAAAACAACUUUUAAACAAUAAUAAUAAUAAUAAUAAUAAUAAUAAUAAUAAUAAUAAUAAUAAGAAUUCUGGUAAUGGUAAUAAUAAUCAAGAAGAAACAAAUCCAUUACAUACAUUGAUAAGACAUAUUAUGUUGGAUUAUAACUUGAUUCAAAAUAUCAUUUUAAUUAUUCCUCAAUUACCUUUGGAAUCACUUGAAUAUCCAAUCAUUCUUUUAUCAUCAUUGGUAAAUGAUAGUAAAUUCUCUCAACAAUUUAUUGAUAAUAAUGGUUUAACUUUAAUUAAUCAAUUAUUAAGUCCUGAAAAGAAAAAUUUAAAUACAAUUAUAAGUAAUACAUUAUUAAUAUUAAAUCAAUUUGUAAAGAAUGGUAAAGAUCAUUAUCAAUCAAUAUUAAAAUCAGAUCUAUGUACUUGGUUACCAAAAUUAUUAAAUCAUCAUGAUUCAUCAAUUCGUUCAAAAGCUUGUACUUUAAUUGGAAAUUUAUUUAAAUUUGAUUCAACUUUUUAUUCAAUCAUUUCAAAAUAUGGAAUAAUACCAAUAUUAAUUGAUAGAUGUAAUGAUGUAGAUAGUAUAACAAGAAAAUUUGCAUGUAUAGCAAUUGGUAAUUCAGCAUUUCAUUCGGAUGAAUUGUACGAACAAUUGAUACCGGCAAUCGAUGCAUUUGUUUGUAUUUUGGAUAAUCCACAGGAAGAUGAAAAGACUCGAUCCAAUGUAGCAGGGGCUAUAGGUAAUAUGGUUAGAAACUCUGAUCUUCUUUGUCCUCUUUUACUAGAGACUGACGUAUUGACAGUCAUGUUUAGACAUUUGGACAACCCAUUGUUGAUGAAGAAUCUAAUCAUAUCACUUGGCAAUUUCAGUGUCUACCAGGAAUGUCGAGAUGUCAUUUGUAAUGAAUUCCAUCUUCAAGAUAGACUAGAUCAUUUACAACACAACAAUGAUCCAGUUUUAAUUAAAUAUAUUCAAAAAAUUAAUAAUAUUAUUAAAUAA